AUGUCGAUCGAUCCUGCCAUUCCUGUUGCAUCUUUUGCAUGGGAUGUCUUGAAGUGGGUAGUUGUUCCUGUCAAGCGCCAAUUCGGAUACGUGAUCUCCUCCAAGAGCUACGCCCAGGAUCUUUGGAAGGAAGUCGGGAAGCUGACGUACGAGGCUGAGAGGAUCCACAAUGCCGUCGAAGUGGCCAGAAACAAUAUUCGGACGGUCUACAGUCUAGUCACCGAUUGGCACGAGAGUGCAGAGAAGGCCUUGAACGAGGCGAGAGAGCUGUUGGAAGAGUUCGAAAAAGCGAGUAAGAGUUGCUGCUACGGGACUCUUCCCGACCCCAAUUGUCGCUAUCAGUUCAGCAGAAAGGCCAAGGAUAAGAUCGAGCUCCUUCAGCGACUCGCUCGAGAAUGCAGUGAAUUCAGGGACAUCUCCUCCAUUGAUCCUGCUCCGGGGAAUGUCACUGCAGUCUCCGCUCCUUCUGCCAAGGACGAUGGCGUCUUCGAAUCCAGAGCUUCGAUCAAACGUAAAAUCAUGGCCGCUCUUGCUGAUAACCGCAACAGCGUGGUUGGGGUUUAUGGGAUGGGCGGGAUCGGCAAGUCCACCCUUUUGGAAGAGGUUGAAAGAAAAAUAAGGGAAGAGAGAGUCAUAGGAUGCAAGUUGCUGUUGACGUCGAGAGAUCGAGAUGUCUUGCAAGCGGAAAUGGGCUGCGACGACCCCUUACUUCUUGGGGAGCUGCAGGAGGAAGAGGCAAGAAGAUUGUUUCAGAGUUAUGUUGGAGACAAAGUUUGCGACGAAGAGUUCAAACCCUUGGUGGAGAAAGCACUCCAUAAAUGUGCAGGUUUGCCUUUCCUAAUUGUCCAAAUGGCCAAACUUCUUAAACACGCUAAUUUAUCCGGAUGGAAGAAUGUUUUAAAACAACUCAAGCUGUCUAAAAACGAGGGAAUUGGUGAGAAAGUAAAUAAGAUGUUGCAAUUGAGUUAUGACCAUUUAAAAGGCGAGGAUGUGAAGUCACUAUUACGGCUCUGUGUUGUGUGUGGCGUCUCUAAGCCAUCUCUUGAAAACUUGGUGAGGUAUGGCGUGGGUUUGGGGUUAUUUCGAGAAGACAAGAGCAUGGAAGAAGCUAGAGAAAGUUUGGCAUCAUCCAUCCGUACUCUUCAAGACUCCUCCCUCUUGUUAGAGGAUGGAGAUGUUCAUGGUUUCAAAAUACAUGACUUGGUUCGUGAGUUUGUCGCCUCGGUUGCUUCCAGAGAUAACCCUUUUCUUGUGUUGAAAGAGAAAGAUAGGUUGAUAACAGAGUGGUCGAAGGACAAGCUCAAAAGUUGUAGGGCAACAUGCUUUCCCUACGUUGACAUGGAGGAGCUUCCUGAAGAAAUAGAUUGCCCCGAAAUGCAGAUGUUUUUGUUGUUCAUGAACAAUAAACCUCUUGAUGUUCCGGAUUCAUAUUUCAAUUCUAUGAGGAAACUCGCGGUCCUAAAUCUCACGGGGAUACAUCUCAUUCAUUCGCCAUUGUCGUUUCAACUCUUGGAGAACUUACACACCUUAUGUCCGGAUGGUCGUUCGAUAGAAGAUGUAGCCAGUCUUGGCAACCUAAAAGGGCUACAAAUUCUCAGCUUUGCGAACUCCAAAAUUCAUCGAUUGCCGAAAGAAAUCGGGCAAUUGGUAGAGCUGAGGCUAUUAGACUUGAACCAUUGCUCGAGGCUUCAGGUAAUCGAACCAGGUGUGCUAGGAAGCUUGAUCAAAUUGGAGGAGUUAUAUUUGGAGAAUAGCUUUCAUCAAUGGAAUGCCAUGGAGCAAACUCCACCAAAAUCCAGGAUAGGCGGUACAUGGCACUCGUCAAGCGAAUACAAAACAUCAACGGCAUUGAAGCUCAAGUUGAAUCCAGCGAAUGAUAUUCUCCACAAAGGAUGUGUACGAACUAUCUUGGACAAAACUGAUGAUCUGUAUUUGGAUGGAUUGAACAAACCUAAAAGUAUUUGCGAGUUAUCCCUAGAAGGUUUUCCAAAAUUGAAGCAUCUACAUGUCGAGAAUGGUCCCUCCAUCCAUUACAUCCUCCAAUGGCCUUCCUCCACUGCUUUUAAGAGGUUGGAGUCAUUAGUUCUCGAAGAUCUGAUCAACAUGGAGAAGAUAUGCCACAGCCAUAUCUCGUCCACGUCCUUCCGUACAUUGAAAAAAGUACGAGUCAAGCGUUGUUUCAAAAUGGAAGUUUUGUUUCCUUGUUCAUUACUGAGAGAACUUCCACAGCUUGAAAAGAUCGGAGUUAUCGAGUGCGACUUGAUGCGGGAGAUUGGAGAAGCUGAUGAAGGUGGCAAAGUUGAGUUGCGUAAUUUGCGUGCAUUGGAGUUGCGUGACUUGCCGGGUAUAAAAAACUUUUUAUCCACCGGGAGUGCUCCUUCGAGUAGUUCAUCAGAAAACCAAGCUGCCACUCAAGCCGUAUUUUUCAACGGGCAACAGGUUUCAAUCCCAUCCUUGCAGACCUUGACUAUGUCUGGACUUCCCAAUCUGGAAACUAUAUGGAGCGAAGAAUCUGCAGUGGAACUGAGCAAUCUUCAAUCUCUUGAGCUGUUGGGGUGCAAAUCUCUCUCGAAGGUUUUCAACUUCAGGUCGCUGGUAAAUUCACAUAAGCUGCACACUUUAACUAUCGAAAAUUGCGUUUCGGUGCAAGAAGUUUUUGACCUUGACGGACCAAGCGCAAGUGGAAAUGUUGAGACUCCCUCCGAGCUAACCACCUUGGAGUUACGGGUCUUGCCGAGCUUGAGGCUCAUUUGGAGCAAGAAUCCUUGUGGAAUAGUGGGAUUCCAUCGUUUAACAAAGCUAAAGGUGGUUGGCUGUGGCAGCCUCAGGUUUCUGUUUUUGGCAUCAAUGGUAAAAUCUCUAGCACAAUUGAGAGAACUAAGCGUGCACGGUUGCAAGAAGAUGGAGGCGAUCAUUAUGGAGGAAGAAGGGUUGGAAACGGAAACAUCAGGAAUUCUAGAAUUCCCAACGUUCACGAGAAGCUAG